AUGGCUACCACUGGGUCGACAGGACAAAGACCGUCGAGAAAACGUUGCUUGAGGAUGGAAUCGCUGCUGCAGCUGCCCCACGAAGUAGUAGAGCAAAUCCUAGAGAAACUUGCGGUGAAGUCUCUGCUGAGAUUCAAGGCUGUAUCGAAGCAAUGGAGAUCAACAAUUGAAUCCCAAUUCUUCCAAGGAAGGCACUUGACGCAUCGUCAGCGAUCAGGAGAUCCAGAUGUUCUCAUGGUGUCCGAACAAGCCUACCCGGGCACUGACACCCUAACAACACUGGUGUUGGGUUCAUCCUCAUCGGUCAAGAUCCCUGUUCCUUGGGAGGAGACGGACAAUACACCUUACUGGGUUUUCCAUAGUAGCUGUGACGUCCUUUGUCUCUUUAAUCGCUACAAAUUUUUUGUGGUCAACCCCGCCACUAGAUGGUAUCGAGCUCUUCCUCCCUGUAGCUUUCAACAACUCUAUUAUCACUCUCUUGGGUAUGGAUACUUUACGCCUGGAUUCGGUAAAGACGUAUUCUCGAGCACAUACAAGCCCGUUUGGUUAUACAACUCUUUAGAAUUAGGCCUAGAGAACGCUACCACAUGCCAAGUUUUUGACUUUACCACCAACGCUUGGAGGUAUGUCACUCCAGCUGCUCCUUACCGCGUUCUUGCUCCCGUUAAUCCCGUGUUUGUUGAUGGGUCGCUUCAUUGGUUAACUCACUGCCAAGAAACCAAAGUUGUAUCUUUCGAUCUUCAUACCGAAGCUUUUCAAGUCAUCUCUAACGCUCCCUUUGUCAAGUCCCCCCAUCGUAACGGGAUGUUCAUGUGCAACCUCCACAACCGCUUGUGCGUAUCCGUGAUGAAGCGGCCACAACAAGUGAUAUGGUCGUUCAAUUCAAACAACAAGACAUGGGACAAAAUGUAUACUGUAGACCUGGAUUUAACUGUUGUGCAUGGUAUCCCAAUAUUUACAGGUUACCCUCUCGUGCCACUAGCAAUUUUAAAGAAGAAGAAGUUGUUGUUUUGUGAUCGUAUUCGUAUGCGAAGUCGACAACUAUUUACACGUGACUCAGAAACCAAACGAGAUGAAGUUGCUUUCUCGGGUGAAUCCACUGGAGUUCCUGUUUGUUAUUUUCCUAGUUUAAUCUCUAUUUUAUAG